AUGCGUUUGUCGUCGCUCUUUACCACCACGCCCUCCGCCUCUGCGCUUUUGGCUGUUUCUAUUCUUGUCGGCUUAGCCAGCGCUCAGGAUCGCACCACGGAGGCUGGCGAGGCUCAAAUUUUAGAUCCUACCCUAGAAUGUUCACCGUACAACUAUGCACCAGUUACAAACGCGCUUUCGCAGUUCCCAACGAUUUGGGAUCCUGCCGACAUCUUAUCGAACGAUACCAACGCGCAAAACAGGUACAACAGUAUGUCUAGUGGCAUACCCAACAUUCAACCAAAGGGCACCCAGCCUGCCUCUCUUAUGGGUGACUUCUCCAACUACUCGUAUCCUGCUUCCGAUCCGGAUUGUUGGUGGACCUAUAGCAAGUGUACAACGCCCAAACUUUCGGGGCUUGCACCUGAUAUGACCGGCACCCCUGAACCGGAUACUCUUGGGUAUGGAUUCGAUGACGGACCUAACUGUUCCCACAAUGCAUUUUACGACUUUUUGCAGCAGAACAACCAAAAAGCUACCUUGUUCUAUAUCGGUAGCAAUGUUAUGAAUCACCCUCUUGAAGGACAGCGGGGCCUUACUGAUGGUCAUGAGAUUUGCGUUCUGACUUCUUUGACGAACACACAACUUUUCGCAGAAUUCUAUUACACUUUGCAAGCCAUCAAGCUAGUCAUCGGUGUUACACCCACUUGCUGGAGGCCUCCCUACGGUGAUGUCGAUGACCGAGUCCGCUAUUUCGCCAAUGCGUUUGGACUGAAGACGAUCGUUUGGCAAUACGACUCAAACGACUGGAAGGCUGGCAUUGACGGGGUCACCGAUCAAGAUGUCGACAACAACUACAUGAAUCUGAUUACCAGCGCUCAGAAUGGGACAUUCAAAUCGGCUGGUACCAUCAUGUUGACCCAUGAAUUGAACAACUUCACGAUGUCGGAAGCUAUCAAGUUUUACUCCCAGCUGAAGUCGGCUUUCAAAUACCUAAUCCCCAUAGGUGUUGCAAAUAACCAGACGCAGCCAUACGUUGAGACCAACUAUUCACUUCCCACCUUCGAGCAGUAUAUCAGUGGUUCAACGACCGUUACCGCUUCUUCUCAGCCGAGUAGCAGUGGAAGCAGCGGCACUGGUGGCCAGGCAGGAUCGGGUGGUUCCACUACUUCUGGUGGCUCCACCACAUCGGGCAAGCCAGGUUCUAGUGGUGCUGUUGGCAUGAAGGCCGUGAAUGGAAUGGGUUUCGUGGUAGCGACAGUUGCAUUACUGGCCGGUGCCUUCAGGGUUCUGGCAUAG